AUGUCAGCAAAAAGUGCGGCUGGUGAUGUACGCAUUAAAACAAAAACUGGCGAAACGUUCAUCGCUGCGUCACAACGUCCGGAUGGCACAUGGCGCAAGGCGAGACGUGUCAAAGACGGGUACGUUCCACAAGAGGAACAACCACGUUACGAAAGCCCGGCCACGCAGACCAGUCGUGAUGCGAAGUAUCCGGUUGGAUACGCACCUAUUCAGCCGUCUGCCAAGACUACUGCUGCUCCUGCAAAGACCAAAUCAACGAAACCAACAGUUGCGUUCGAAAAACCAAAUGCGCCCAUAACGCCUCGAGAUCACUUGCAAAAGAAAGUGAAUAAUUUGGGCCGUAAAUUGCGUGAUAUCGAUGUUCUUGAGAAAAAAAUAUCGAGUGGCGAGUUGUCGAAUCCAGAAAAGACUCAAUUAGAGAAGAUAGCACGGAAAGGUGAUAUCGAAGAGGAAAUGCAAAAGUUGAUUUCCGAAUUGGAACAAUUGUAA